AUGUCGGAACGCUUAUUGCUCCAUGACGACGAAGGAAGGCCCAUGGCCUUCUACAUCAGUCCACUGGACCCAAACAGAGAAAAGUAUCACAAGAUCAUCACCGACAACGGAGGAUACAUUGAGCCCAGCGAGACCAUUGCCCUCAAAACCGGGUACAUCCAACUUCUGUCGUAUCCUGUUCCCAACAGAGAGACGUUUCUGUUUCAAUUCAUUGACGACUAUGUGACAAGGGGCCAGACAGUGUAUUUGGAGGCGUACAAGUAUCCUCCUGGCAAGAGACGCCAUGAUGAGGCUUUGGAUGAACAAGACGUGGAAACAGCCAAGGCCAUGGCACAGGCGAUGAGCAAGAAGGCUAAGGGCCCGCCAAAGUCUACGACAAAGUUUACUGCUGCAGCUGACAAUUACAUCUUGGAGCAGGUGCGGUUGAAGCCUCGCUACAGAACGUCGCACAAGUUCUUUGAACAAUUGGCCAAGCACGAUUUGCUUAGGGGACACACGGGCAAUUCUGUCCGGUCGAGAUACCGUGCUCAUUUGGAACACAAGUUGCUGUACGUGUACAAGACAGACGAAAACGACAACUUGCUCUAUGACGACAAAGGAAAGCCGAUAGUUUUGGAGGUGAGCGAGGCCAAGACGAUGAAAAACAGGUUCACGGCUGACGACGACUACAACUUAUGUGUAAGCAUUAUCAACCACGUGUUGAACACCCAGGACCACGAUACUCUUCAUACGGCCGACGACAAGACUAGGCUUCCUGAAGAUCAGCUCAACGAGGCGAAUUUUUCAGUGUCGAUUUCGUUUUUUGACGAGUUUGCUCGCACGAACACAAAUCACUCGUCUCUGAGUUGGAGGGAUAGGUACAGGAAGUUUGCCAGAGUCUACGGCCUCCAGAGGUACAGAGACGAUUACCAAAGAGCGAUUGAGGCAGGAGAAAAGCCUCAGCCAAUGAAGAAUUUGACCUCAAGGGAGUCCAAGAGCGAGAAGAAAGCGCAACUCUCGGCAAAGAAGCUACGUGCUCAGGCGUAUGCUCCGCCAAGAAUGGACAUUCACGACCAGGCGCUCUUGGCGAGCGAGUUGGGCCACCACCAGCACCAUCUCUCACACCAGCUUGAUUCUGCAGGCGUGGCUGCUGUUGCAAAUUUGGCUGUCGGCCAGAGAGCUUUGGACGAGGAAAUCGGAGGAAAAAAUACCAAUGACAAUAUCGAUGAUGCUCUUCAUAACGUUGGAGUAGACUCGGACCGUGUUCAGAUCGACGACCAGCUCACUGAUGUGCGUGCUUUAGGUAUUCACGACUUUGACGGGCUUGAGUUAAAGGUGGAUGCUGACUCCCAAGACCCGUGGGCUCGCUACAUGGUCUACUUGCCUCGUGACGUACAUUCCAAGGCCUUGUUCACUGACAAGUUUCUUUCUGAGCCCCACGCUAUCGAUGACGCUAGAAGCUUGUUGACCAAGUUGGGGGAGGAUGCCUUCGGCGUGCUCUUCGACGAGUUUGAAAAAUUGGGUUUCACAAGGGCGUUUGUCGGACACAUUCUCAAGGUCACCAGCAGCAGUGUGCGCUACAUCAACGACUACUUACUUUUGCUCCGUGACGCCCUCAAUAAUGGAGACAUGGAUAUGAGCAGUGUUUUGUUCCCGCGUGGCCACAACGGCUUGUGGACCCCUGAAAGCGAUCUUUGGUUGAAAGAGGGCCACAUGGAGCGGUUGAUGUUCCACGAUGGGGACAGCAUCGAGCUUCGUCGCCAAUUCCUCGGCCUUUAA